AUGACUGCACGAAACAUAGCACGUCCAAAGCACGGAAAUCAAAUCAGUUGCACGGAAUCCGCAUACACGCAAAAUCGACGAACACGACUCCGGGAUAACGAAUGGGAGAGAAGCUCGCGAAAAGAUGUUUGUUUAAAAAGUCUUAAUAAUUCUAAAGAUAUAAAACGAGAAAUUUUGGAAGAAGUUAAAAAUCAACACAAACUUGGUGGUGACUCAGCAAUUGCAAUUUAUGGAAUAACCGAGAACCCAAAAGAUGGUAACUACAUGAUGGUUAUGGAGUAUGCGAAGCAAGGAAGUCUCAGAAAAUUGUUAGAUAGUAGAUAUGACGAAUUAGACUGGACUUCUAAAAUAGCUAACCUAUAUUAUAUAGCUGUCGGACUUAAGACAAUUCAUGAAGCCAAAUUAGUGCAUAAAGAGUUUCAUUCUGGAAAUAUAGUUAAUCAAAAUAUGUUUAAUUCUUACAUUACUGAUUUUG